CUAAUUUCAUCUAAAAAAUGCCAAGUUUCCUCAUGAAGUUAUGUGCCAUAUUUGCAACUUUUUCCUAGUUUUAAUUUUUAAAUCUGCAGUGUUCGACUGUUCGGUGCAUCCCAUAAUACGUGCACCUUCAUCUUUCUAUAUCCCUCGGUAAAGGUGACAUAGCAGCGGCCGCAGGAACCGUAGCAGAGGGCAACUAGAGAGAGAGAGAGAGCAGUGUGUGUACCGAGGUGAAGCUCGUUUACUGUGCAGACUAGACUUGGGUUUGGGUGAAUCGGGAGAGAAAGGGAAAUGGUGGACUUGGGUCGGGUGCAGAAGGAGCUGCAAGAGUGCAACAGAAACGUGCAGGUUUCCGGCAUACAAGUCACUCCGAGCGGCGAUAGCUUAACCCAUCUCAACGGCAUCAUUCCUGGACCUGUCGGUACUCCCUACGAAGGGGGCAUUUUCAAGAUCGACAUAAUUCUGCCUGAUGGGUACCCAUUUGAACCUCCAAAGAUGAAAUUUACCACAAAAGUCUGGCACCCCAAUAUAAGCAGUCAAAGUGGAGCAAUAUGCCUAGACAUCCUGAAAGACCAGUGGAGCCCAGCACUUACUCUAAAGACUGCGCUCCUUUCUAUACAAGCACUGCUCUCUGCUCCUGAACCAGAUGAUCCACAGGAUGCAGUGGUUGCAGAACAGUAUCUGAGAGAUCACAACACCUUUCUUGGCACUGCUCGGUACUGGACAGAUGCUUUUGCCAAACCCUCUCUCGGACUUGAUGAAAAGGUACAGAGACUUGUGGAGAUGGGGUUCCCUGAAGCCCAGGUUAGGAGGACUCUGGAACUUGUAGAUGGAGAUGAAAACUCCGCUCUUGAAAGGCUUUGCUCGGGCUAGUUCCUUUACUGCUGCUAGAUAUGCAACCUAGAUGUGGGGGGAUAGAAACAAAAAACAAAAAUAGAGAGAAAAGUGUCCGUUGAAUAUUGUAAGCGUUUGUGGCCUUUGGGUCUUAAAUUAUGUAAUCUUUUGCCCUUCCCCUCUCCUGACACCGAUCUUAUAUCACCAAUAUCAUAUCAUAGUCUAACAAAGCGUUCAUUUUUCAGGUAGCAUCUAUUAUGAUUUGGUGUUCGUUUACACUUUAAGGCCGCAUUUGGUAGCAUUCAUUUGCAGAUUUUGUUGAUUAGUCAGAAUAAGUAGAAUAAGUAGCAUCCGACUUACAUGCUGCUGUUGGGUUUACUAGACGUUUUUUCCUGACAGAAAAUUAAGUAGAUUCUAUAUUCUACCAUUUGAGAGAAUUACCAAUUACCAAAUGGGCUCUAAGCCUAUAUAUCUUUGAAAGAUAAAAAUCAGACUAGUUUUUAUUUUUCCAACAUGUGAUUAACUAUUUAGUUAAUAUACUUUUUAAAUUUUAGUUCCUA